AUGCCAGCAGGUGAUCUCUUAACAAUCCCACCAGUCCGAGGUAGCACCAAGCCAGAUGUGCCAGAAAGCAGGAGCAAGCAAAAGGAGUACCAACUGGUGCAGGUGAAGAAUACUUGGUGCCGCGUUGAAUGCGGUCAAGAAAUACCUACUACGUGGGAGGAAGAUCAAGUUGUGGUCUCCCAGGCUAAAAUAGGUGAACAGGUAACCGAGUCUGGUGUCUCCUGGACUGUGAAAGCUCCAAUUUACUUCUGCUACAAAGUGGUAGAAACUCUUAAUCUUCUAAAUCCUAGAAACAAGACCCUUCUUUACGGCCAUGGGUCAGACCCGCAAGAACUAGAAGACAACCAGAAGAAAACUCAAAAGCGUUUUGUUGUGAUGGAUGCAACUGUGGAACAAUUAUACGGUUCCAAAGUCAGGAAAUACUUCGAAGCCCACAAUGUCAUUUACAAGAUCCUUGCACUGGAGACCACUGAAGAAAACAAGUCGAUUGACCUCGUCCUGCAUAUCCUGGAAGAAGUCCAUAAGUUUGGCCUUGACAGACGCACUGAACCAAUCAUAGCCUUUGGAGGAGGGGUAUGCUUGGAUGCUGUGGGGUUGGCAGCUUCGCUUUACAGGCGCCGCACCCCAUACAUCCGAGUACCCACCACUCUUCUGUCCUACGUUGAUGCCAGCGUUGGAGCUAAAAAUGGAGUCAACUUCUGCAACUGCAAGAACAAGAUAGGAAGCUACACCCCACCAAUUGCCACAUUCCUUGACAGGUCCUUUAUCCAGACCAUUCCACGUCGUCAGAUUUCUAAUGGCCUUGGGGAAAUUUUAAAGAUGGCUCUAAUGAAGCACAAGGGGCUGUUUGAACUGCUGGAGAAACAUGGCAAAUACCUCUUAGACACAAAGUUCCAGUCCAGGAAUGGCCAUGCAUGCCGCAGUGAUCCUGCCCUAACAACCACAAGACUGGCCAUCCAGACUAUGCUGGAAGAACUUGCUCCAAACCUGUGGGAAGAUGACCUGGACCGAUUGGUGGACUAUGGACAUGUCAUAAGCCCGGAGCUAGAAAUGAAAGUGUUGCCAGCCCUACUGCAUGGGGAGGCGGUGAACAUUGACAUGGCAUUUAUGACGUAUGUAUCACAUGAAAUUGGGCUGAUCACAUCAGAGGAGAAGGAUCGCACGGUGCAGUGUAUGAGGAACCUGGAGCUGCCAGUCUGGCACAAUGUCUGCUCUCUCCAGCUUAUAAAGAAAGCCUUGGGUGAGAGAUUCAAGCACAGUGGGGGAAAACUGCGCUUGCCGCUCCCCACCGGGUUGGGAACUGCAGAAAUUUUCAACGAUGUGAGUGAGGAAACAAUUAAGAGCGCUUUUGCAGCUUGGCGAGAUGAACUCGGAGAGUUCUCAACAUAA